AUGCAAGUCAGAAAUAUUCAGAACAUAGCACCGAGUCUAACUGACAAGAGUAUAAAGAUAUACUAUGAACAUGUUAUGAUGAAACCAACCAAAAUUCAAGAAAGUCAGUAUACUUAUGAAUAUCCAAGACACUGGGUAGAGUAUGUAGGAGGUGAGAAAGCUAUUGAAAUAAGACAAGUUAGAAGUAUUCCAGCAGGAAGAACAAUAUUAUUGAAGAACUUUAAUGUUUUGAGGUAUAAUGAUGAAACAAAGAAGCAAGAUAUUUUUCCUGUUGCUGUGUAUGUGAACUUAGAUACAGGAGAUGACAUGAAAGUUUUUAAUACAAAGCUUCAAACGGUAGUGAGAGAACAACUUACUGCGGAAGGACAUCCAUUACCUUCAGAAGUUACCAUAGCAUAUAAUUUUGAAACAAACUCAAUAGAUUUUAAAGUCGUCUCUGCAAAGAAGUCAGGUUUUACAUUUAAUGAAGCAGAUGUAUAUUCGAAUGAAAACUUCAAAGCUAUUGCAUGGUUAGAUAAUGACGAUUGCUUUAAGAAAAUAUUUAAAUACAGUGACUCAACGAUGUCAAUAGAUGACCUUCGUGGAAUGUUACCAUCGACGUUUACAGUUGAAGGUUCAGCAGGAUU